CAACGCUUGUAGAGCUUAAAGAACAAAGCAGAGCCCAUGGUAUUAAGGUCAUCGAUAUCGUUGUGCCGCUCUCUCUCGACGACAACGAAGCAGAAGGAGAAGAAGAUGAAGAAGAUGGAGAUGAUGGAGAAGAAGGAUCUUCGGACCGACCGCCUCCCUUUCUCAAGUCUAUUAAUAGCGAUCGCGAUCGCGAUCGCCAUCGUGGGGGUCCUAAGCAGCCACGUCUCUUGUCUGGCCUUGGAAAAAAUUUCGAGGGACGAAAUCCUGGAGCUCCGAGAAGAGGUGCGGGAAAUGUUUUAUCACGCAUACAAUGGGUACAUGGACCAUGCGUUUCCCCUGGACGAGCUCCGACCGCUCAGUUGCAAGGGAGAAGACACACUUGGUGGAUACUCCCUUACUAUUAUCGAUGCGAUGGACACCCUGGCCUUGUUGGGAAACAAAUCCGAAUUCGCGAAAGCUGUACGGUGGGCUUCUGCGAAUUUGAAUUUUGAUAGGGAUAUCACAGUUUCUGUCUUCGAAACAAAUAUAAGAGUUUUGGGUGGUCUCCUUUCGGCCCACUUGCUUGCCUCAGACCCAGCAACGGGAAUGCAAGUGGAGGGUUACAAGGACGAGUUGCUGCAUUUGGCGGAAGAUUUGGGCUCCAGGAUGUUGCCUGCGUUUGACACACCAACGGGUAUACCUUACGGGUCAGUGAAUCUGCGGAAGGGAGUUCAUGCAGAUGAAACAAAGGUCACUUCAACAGCUGGUGGGGGUACCUUGGCCCUGGAGUUUGGAAUGCUCAGCCGAUUGACUGGAAACCCAGUAUUUGAAGAAGCUGCGAAGAAUGCAGUUCGGGGGUUGUGGGCGCAGCGUUCCUCUCUCGGUUUGGUUGGUGGGCAUAUCAACGUCUUCACAGGGGAAUGGACACACAAGGAUGCUGGAAUCGGCACUAGCAUUGACUCGUUCUACGAGUAUCUUCUCAAGGCCCACUUGCUGCUGGGAGAUGACGAGUACCUGCACAUGUUCAAUCAGGCAUACAAGGCAGCCAUGCGCUUUCUGCAUCAGGACCCUUGGUAUGUUGAAGUCAACAUGAACAGUGCCCUCUUAGUCUGGCCGUUGUUUAACAGCCUCCAAGCAUUCUGGCCUGGUCUCCAGGUACUCGUUGGAGACCUCGAGCCUGCAGUGAGGACACAUAAGGCAUUCUACGGAGUCUGGCGCAAGUUCGGAUUUACACCCGAAGGCUACAAUCUUGGGAGAGGUGCUGUGCAGCCGGGACAGCGAAGUUAUCCCCUCAGACCGGAGCUGGCGGAGAGUACGUAUUGGCUUUACAGAGCAACGAACGAUCAACUGUACCUCCACGUUGGUAGGGACAUGGUGGCCAGCCUUCAGAACUUGGCGAGGUGUAACUGUGGAUUUUGCCACAUUGCGAACGUUGAAACACACGAGCAAGAUGACCACAUGGAAAGCUUCUUCUUGAGUGAGACGGUCAAAUAUUUGUGGCUUCUGUUUGACUCUGCGGUUGGUGGCAAUGACUUUGUGGCGAAUGGUCCUCACCCGUACAUAUUUACAACAGAGGGGCAUCUGUUUCCGAUCAGGCCGGAGUAUUCCCUGCGGUCCGAACACUGUACUUACCCAGGGAGCCCUUGCAAGGUUGGUCUGAAAGGUCAGGCAGCGAAGAAAGCGACCGAAGGGCAGCAUCUGGACCACGAUGUAGGCCGCACUGGUAAAGGAUCUUGGUCAGCGGCGAGCAGACAAGAUGACAGCCAAGCCAAAGAACAAGAGGAAUGGGAAGUCGCCAGGAGCCGGGGUCGUCAGGCAGCUCAGUCGUUAGCUGGACUCUGUCCGAAGCCCUCAUUUUGGAGGAAGAUAGCCCUUCAAGGGCCCACCGAUGGCGCGGCGUUGAUGAAUACGCUGUCACAGAGGCAGUCUGAUCGUGCAGAUGCGAGGAUCAUAAGGCUAAUAAAUAUGGUUACGUCGAAGGUUGCACAGGAAGGUGGGGACAGCCGGGGGGUAGCAGCUGGCGGCAGGAGUGAAGGAGAUGUGAAUGUGAAAGAUUGCGGCGGUGCUCCGUGCAAGAAAGGAGCGAAACGCCGGAAAGGUCCUCUCAGAGUGAAGAUUGUCGAGCCGGAGAAGGUUUUCGGUGGGGCCAGCGCCGCUGUUAUUCAAUUGGUGGUCAAGGAGGAGCAGCGGGAUGCCAAGAAUGAAACGAAAGCUGAUAGUGAGGGGAGCAGUUGGUCUUGCUUUCUCAUGUCGAUCGCUCUUCCAGGGUUGAUAUGGAUGUUCCUCGGCCGAAGCAAGAAGGGUGAAAAAGAGGAGGAACACGCGUUGACGAUCAAAGGAAGCAGAGUGGCACCUGAGCUCUUGUACUUGACCACAGUGCAUGAAGGCGAUGAGGAAAACACGGAAGAAGGAAGCACCGAGGAAGGGAGUGGAGAAGAAAGUACCACGACCACAGAGGAGGGGAGCACAGAGGAGGAGAGCACGUGUGGGUCAAGCGCUCACAGCAGCCGGGAAGCUAUGGUGACGGAGAAGCAAAAGGCCAUUGUGGUAGGUGAACGCAAACCAGUGGAAAUGGAAAAUGAGGAAAACCGGCAAGAAAUGGAGAGUUUGGAUCCCCCGAUCAGGCUAGAAUUAGUGGAAAACAUGGAAGAAGAGCUGAGGAAAGAGGAGGGGAAAGAGGAGGAUGAGGAGAAGGAGGAUGUGCGCGAGGUAGCGGUUGUGAGUAACGGAGACGUGAAGGUGGUAAACGUCAAACUGGUGUCGAAGUCUCUUGUAUUAUCCCCGGCGGCAUUCCCGAGCCAGAGCGGUAAAAUAAUGGACACUGUUUUGAGGGAGGAGGACGAGGUAAAGAACCGGAUCCAAAAUGGCGGCGACUUUCUCAGCACGGGUGCGUGCCAGGGCGGAUACUCGACUUCCGGAGGGGAAGAGGUGUGCCAGAAGAAGGAGCUGCAGGAUCGGAUCGCACUGGAGGAUCAGUUGGCCAGUGCGAUGACAUUGCAAGCGCUAUCGAAGCAACAGAUGCAGAGCGGCAAUCAUGUUGGAAAGGAGAGAGACGAUGAUUCCUUUGUGAAAGUCGGAAGAGGAGCAUCACCAAGGGUCAUACCUGGCCACCCAGAUUCAGGAUCUGAGGAGGACAGAAGAGCUGCUGAAGAUGAAGGAGGAAGGACCAUACGUAGGGAUGGAUCGGGAUCGGGAAGCCAGGUCAUUGAUGUGGGUGUUGUGGAAGGCAGCCCUGCAGUCCCAACGGCAAGCGUCGGCGAUAAAACGGCCCCUGUCGUGGAGCCGAAGUCUGCAGGUGACAUGCACUGUGAUGCAGAGGCAGAGAAAAAUCGUUCGUGGUGGGGACGCGGUCGUUCAAGAGAUUUCAUGAGGAGACUGAAAUGGUUCCGAAGAGACUCUGUGACGGAGAUUGAGUGGGAAGAGGACUCAGGAAGAAAGUGGAAGGGCGAGGAAUCGGGCUCAUGGUUUGGAUGGGCACUCAGAGGAAAGGCGGGCACAAGUGAGACGGGUCCAAGGAUGACUCGCCGCCUCAGCUCGAAGCUCUGGUCGCGCAUUUUUGGAGCGCAGAAGGCAGAAAGUGAGGAAACGUACCCCGAGACCGAGAGCGAUGUCGGUCGUGGGUGGGUUCGCGGCAAGGUAGCAAGGCUGUGGUCAGUUAUACGGCGGGACAAGGCCAGACAGGCGCGACUCACCUGGAACGACAGCAAAGAGGUGCCGGAGAGCGGCGAGCUGGAAAGCCGCUCAGACCCCAAAGGGAGACAGCCCCACACAACGGGCAAGGUUGGCGAUGACGAGGGGAAGGAGUCGGAGCAGUUUGGGGAUGCCCAUGGGAAGAAUGGGUUGUGGCAGUUUGGCAAGAAGAGUUCAAAGAAGAAAGUCGAUGUGGUCGGAAUAGAGGGUCCAUGGGGUGUUGAUGGGGGUGUUGCUGGGUGUGGAGGUUUCAUGUGCAUGCCUGUCAGGACAAGGAAGGGCUCUCGGCAGCUGGAUUUUCGAGGCUGAGCACGAAUUCUAGGCUUGCGCGAUUCUGCUGCUAGACUUUAGGAAACCAGACAAGUGAGUAGUUGGCAGUGUGUGUGUGUGUGUGAUCCCAGCAGGUGUGUAGACGACGAGCUAUCGCUUUUGCCACGGGUGUGACAAACCCCUCCUCACCUGAAAGCCUAGUUCUGCCCUUACAGCGACCUCAGGAGACAGCAAACUGAGUAGCAGUCACAUAAGAGGAGGUGGCUUUUGUUCCUUCCUCCCUCAUCAACUUCCACUGUCUUUCUGCCAAAGGGCUAUGCUUGGGACUGUCCAAUCAAAAGCCCCCUUUAUG